AUGAGUCAAGAGUCGCAGGAGUCGGACAGAGCGGCGACGGGUCAGGAGGUGCAGAAGUCGGACAGAGCGGCGACGGGUCAGGAGAUGCAGAAGUCGGACAGAGCGGCGACGGGUCAGGAGGUGCAGGAGUCGCCAAAUGAAAAGGGGGAACCAGCCAAUUUAGAUGUGGCCAUCUGUAAAAUCUGCCGCAAAACGGUUCAAGUUAAACGUGGAAAUACAACUAAUUUAAGGGCUCACCUAUCAAGCUACCAUCCAUCUAUUGCGGCGCGGAUUGCCACACAGGGUAGCGGAGCAGCUCAUGUCGGUGCUAGCCGACAGCUUGGAGUCGCCGAAGCCUUUUCUCGAGUCGGCAAGUACAGCAGAGACAGUGACAGACAUAAACGCCUAACAGGCGCUGUUACAAGGUAUCUAGUUGAGGAGAUGGUGCCGUUUUCCACUGUACAGAAACCUUCUUUCAAGUCACUGCUCGAGAAAUUUGAUAGGCAAUAUGAGUUGCCAGGAAAAACCUACUUCUCAGAAACUGCUGUGCCUAAAAUGUACAAUUCAGUAAGAGCAUCAGUUCAGAGUGAGCUCAGAAGUGUGGACUUUUUCUCUGCCACCACUGACAUGUGGUCAAGUGUGAACAUGACUCCUUACAUGAGUCUUACUGUUCAUUACCUGACCACAGACUGGACUCUAAAAUCACGCUGCCUCGAAACAGUGUUUAUGCCCCUGAAUCACACAUCUGACAACAUCGCAGAGGCUCUACGCAGCGCAUUUGAUGAGUGGUCCCUGGAUGAGAAGAAGCUGGCGUGCGUAACGACAGAUAACGGGGCAAACAUCGUGGCAGCAGUGAGACAAUUGGGCUGGACGUGGCUGAACUGCUUCGGACACAAUCUACACUUGGCAGUGACAAACGCAAUGGCAAGCGUUAAAGAUCGCACAUCGCGAGCAAUGGGCCAGUGCCACACCUUAGUGGGUGCGUUCUCCCAGAGCUGGCUGAAGAGGAGGGAUCUGGCGAAAGCGCAAGCGGAGCUUCAAACCCCGCAGCACGUACUCAUAAUGGACUGUCCAACAAGAUGGGGCUCCAAACAAAAAAUGGUGGACCGAGUCUUGGAGCAAAUCCCCGCCAUAAAACGAGUUUUGGAUGAUCGGCGGCAUCAGCAUCUCAUCCCCAGCUGGCAGGACAUUGCAGUUUUGGAGUCGGUGAACGCGGCGUUAAAGCCAGCGGCUGAUUUUACGGAUCUGCUGUCUGGCGAGAACUACGUCACGGUCUCAUCAAUUAAACCUGUCCUGAAACUCCUCACGGAAGAUGUCUUAAAACCAUCAGACGAGGACACCACUCUGACCUCAGACAUCAAGCGGAAGAUGUGCAGUGUUCUCGAGGAGAAGUACAGACCAGCUGCUCUACAAGCAACUUUGGCAAAGUCCUGCUUGCUGGACCCAAGAUAUCGGGGCAACAAUUUUGAUGAGUAUGCGGAGGAGGAGACAAAGUGCGCGCUGAUCAAUGAAAUGUUGGACACGGAAGACAGAGAGAGCGGUGCCAGUGCGUCAGCUGCUGACCAGCCAGAGUCCUUGGCGCAGACAGCGGUGCCACCACCCACCAAAAAAAGAACGCUCGGAGACCUGCUGAAGUCACGGACAAGCACGUCUGCAACCGUCCCGAAGAGAGCCAGAGCCGACCUGGAGCUCACUCGCUACCUGCAGGAGGAACCCAUCGACUCUAAUGACAACCCCUGGCAUGGUGGUGCAACAACCAGGAGAGAUUUCCCUUGCUCUCCAAAGUGGCACGCAACUCUCCUGGAGCUGACACUGAAAAGCACCCAAGAGUGA